UGACGCACAACAAAGACUUAAUGUAGGUCGUAUUGCUCAGCGAGAGGUCAAGUAUAUGACGCCGCCAUUUUGAGAGUUGUGGACGAUUUAGGGGUGGAAUAUUAGUAGGAAGGGGCACCAAAAAUAUGUCGUGGUGCUCGGAAGGGUUACUAUUCCUUUGCUUUUUGAUACUUUGUAUCUUUCUGGAGACAGCCCAUUGUUACUGUCCGCCGGACCAAUACUCCUGCGCUGAUGGAUCAACCUGUAUUCCAAACGAACUAAAAUGCAACAAUAUAUUCGAAUGUCCCGAUGACUCCGAUGAAGGCCCAGAGGCCGGUUGCGGCUAUCGAUGUUACUCUUGCUCUGAUUGUCCUGAGAAAGCAGAAACCAGAUUUCGUUUAUGUCCCUAUGGAUGCUCGAAAAUAGUACAGGAAUUUGAAGGAAGAAAAACAGUUUCACUGGGUUGCUCUUUCACACAGCUAAAUCGAUGUGACGAGAGCUGGAAGGGAUCGACAAGAGUGACUACUUGCAUGUGUACAACCAAUGACUGUAACAUUGCCCAGGGAAUCAGCGUACUUCUUUCCAGUGCAGUAACAAUUACUCCCAUUUCAUUUGGGUUAUCUUUGUUAUCUGCACUUUUUGUAAAGUAUCUGUUAUAAGUUCAUUCUGUACAGUCUGUAAUGCGUCCAUUGUGGCUGUCCCCACUUUUUUUACUAAGCAUAUGUGAUAUGAUUGACUUUGAUAGUCGUUCAUAUUUUCCAAGGACCAUAUUUUAUACUGAUGUGAUCAAAAAGCUUUCUGGUUUUGUAAAUACAAGAUGUAGAAACAUUAAACCAUGCAUGUACAGUGGUAUUCUAAAUGGUUUAUAACCAAAUAUAAUUGUAUGUCUAUGAAUUCAACAUUUGGUGCAUAUUACAGUGAAAACAACAAAAGAUUGACUUUCGUCUAUUUUUCUCUGUUGAUCCUGUUUAUCCGUACAUUUCAUAUUAAGAUUAAGAAUAAUUAAGAUUGAAAUACCAGAUCAGCGUUUUAGUACUGGAAUAUUUAUUAAUGAAAAGGACAAUGUCCGAAAAAGCUUUUAUAACUUUGAUAUUGAUGGUGCAAAUUGACAAAAUUUGCCUGCUUAGGACUGGUCGUAUAUAUUGAAAGAUAUCAGGAUAUUAUAUGAUAAUCCGUAUAAUAUAGAUAAGUUUGUGUUUUUAAGUACGAUUCAAUCCAUAAUUUUGUAACUCCAAGGAAGAUGAUAAGUUCACAGACGUGACAGAGAAUAAGAUAAAGAAAUACAAAAUAGUUGAUAAAUUUAUUCUAUUUAUUGUCGCUUUGGAGAAAAUGCAAACAUCCCAUUUUAGGUAGAAUGAUGAAUAUGUUGUACAUAAAACGAAUGAAUAAAUUUUAGCAGAUAAAUUC